UCCGGCCCUGUUCGCCACCCCAAAAUCCCUCUUGCGAAAAACUAGAAUCCGGUAGUCUGAGCGCUGCCUUGCCGGCCCUGCCUCCGCUCCUUCUCUCCCUCUCGUCCCUCUUCCCUGGUUUAGUUGGUUGCGUCUCCUGUAGUUUUUGUUCUCUCUCGCUCUGCUUCUGCUCUUCAUAUAUCUAUAUGGAGCGGAGCAGAUGCUCUGAUCUGUCUGUUUGUUCUUCGAUCGAGUCUGGGAUACUUGAAAGUUGGAAGGAGGAAGGGGAGGCAAAGCGAAAGAGCCCAUCUUUUUGUAGUCUUUUCGGUUCGGUUUCCUGGUUGCUUCUUUUGGAUCCCGCGGAGGAGCCCACCGUUUCUACAAAAACCCAAUCUUUGCUGACUUCUCCGCGGCCGAGAUCGAUAGGUUUCCAUAUCUAAGAGCCCUCCUCUGGCUGAGAGAUCGCGGGCGCAGCAAUCCGGCGCGCAGCUACUAGGGAAAAUAUCCAAGAAAAGAUUUCGCGGGUGCGACGGGGCAGGAAGAAGAUAUUGGAGAACAGGAGUGUAAAGAAAUGGUCUUCGUGACGAAGUGGGCGAUGGGGCGGUGGCGGAGAUGAGGGAUGCUAUCGGCUGUGAUGGAGUACUUGAGAUCUUGCUGGGGGCCGUCUUCGCCGGCCGGGCGCUCCCGAAGAGGAUCGGACGCCGCCGGCCGCCAGGACGGGCUCCUGUGGUACAAGGACGGCGGGCGGGUCGUCGACGGUGAGUUCUCCAUGGCCGUGGUCCAGGCCAACAACCUGCUGGAGGACCAUAGCCAGGUGGAAUCCGGGCCGCUGAGCGCAACGGAGCCCGACCUCCAAGGCACCUUCGUUGGCGUCUAUGAUGGGCAUGGUGGCCCGGAGACGGCACGGUACAUCAAUGAUCAUCUCUUCAACCACCUGAGGAGAUUUGCAUCUGAACACAAGUGCAUGUCAGCAGAUGUGAUUCGAAAGGCUUUCCAAGCGACUGAGGAGGGGUUCAUUUCUGUAGUUAGCAGCCAAUGGUCAUUGAGUCCUCAAUUAGCAGCAGUUGGCUCUUGCUGUCUAGUCGGCGUGGUUUGCAGUGGAACUCUAUAUGUUGCAAACCUUGGGGAUUCCCGUGCUGUUCUUGGGAGACUCGUCAAGGGAACUGGAGAGGUUUUGGCAAUGCAGCUCUCAGCAGAACACAAUGCAUCCUUCGAGGAGGUUAGACGGGAGCUGCAGGCCUCACAUCCUGAUGACCCCCAUAUUGUAGUCCUAAAGCACAAUGCUUGGCGUGUGAAGGGUAUCAUCCAGAUAACAAGGUCAAUUGGAGAUGUAUAUCUGAAGAAACCAGAGUUCAACAGAGCACCUUUGCACAGCAAGUUUCGCCUUCAGGAAACUUUCAGGAGACCACUUCUUAGCUCUGAUCCAGCAAUCACUGUACACCAAAUGGAGCCCACUGAUAAGUUCAUCAUUUUUGCUUCUGAUGGACUCUGGGAGCAACUUAGUAAUCAGGAAGCAGUUGACAUGGUCCAGAGUAGCCCUCGAAAUGGAAUUGCUCGGAGAUUGGUAAAGGCCGCAAUGCGGGAAGCAGCGAAGAAGAGAGAAAUGAGGUAUUCAGACCUCAAGAAAAUUGAUCGUGGGGUGAGGCGGCACUUCCAUGAUGAUAUAACCGUCAUCGUGGUCUUCUUUGAUUCAAAUGACAUGGCAACUGCUGCCUGGAGCAGACCCACAGUCUCUCUCCGUGGGGGUGGUGUUCCAAUCCCUCCGAACACCCUUGCUCCAUUCUCAGUUCCCACAGAGCUAAACAGCUCUUACUGAAACCAUACUGGAGGUGAAGGGGCCAGACAAGAAGAUCGAAAGAAAGAAAAAGAAAAGGAAAAGGAAAAAGAAGAGUAGCAGUUGUGAUCAGCUGUAGUGUAUUUUGGUCUGCCGUGUUCUUGUAAAACCUUCUUUUAGAUUAUCAACCUGGUGACUAGGUACUAAUAGCAAGGUACAAGAUUAGAUUA